AUGAAGAGGGUCCUUGGUGUCCUCCAAGUGUUGCAGCUCGCUGUAUCUCCGCUGGAGUUCACUGGUCUCCUCCUCCAGCUCGCAGAGGAGCUCCUCCGCUCUCCUCUCUUCUGCCUCGUGCUUCUCUUCUAUCUCCCCAAUGAGCAAUGCCUGGUAUCUCUCGAAGGCGAACAUGUCCAGGGGCUUGUUGUGGUUCCGGCAGAGGUGACUGGCGGCGAAGGUGGCCGGAUCCGUCAGCCUGUGCUUGGUCAUCACCGGAUCCCUCAGGUGCGGGGUCAGGUGGACCUCACAAUAGGAGGCCUGGCAGACGAGGCACGACUUCACCGCUGUCGCUCUGUGGUCGCGGCAGACAUCGCAAGGGAUUUCUUCGGAUUUCGAGGAUUGCCUCGACGUCUGCCUCUUUGCUGGCACUGGCCUCAUGUCGGGGGUGUAGCGGCCUCCGUUCUUCUCGGCCACCAUCUUCUGGACCGUGUGGAGCAGCUUGGACACCUGCGCCUGGUUGUUCCUGUACUGGCCCUGCCGGCCGUUGUCCCAGUGCUUGUUGUCGACCACGUGGCACCGGCCGCCGCACCUCUCCACCACCUCUCUCAGGCGCCGGUUUCCCGCGAGGAAGGCCUCGAUCGUCAUAUCUUCGGACAGCUGGUCUCCGUGGGUGAAGACCACCGUGGCGUGGUCGAACACCUCGUCGGAGAAGCACUCGGCUAUCUGCCCGACGACGGCCGACUCCUGCUCGGUGAACUUGUCCACCUUGAGGACGAUGAUGAAGGCGUGGGGCCCCGGAGGCCCCGAGCUCCCGCUCGGACCUCCCCGGGGAGAAGAAACCCGGCGUGUCGACCAGAGCGACGCUUCGGCCACCGACCGUCCCGGACUCCACCUGACAAGAACCUGCGUACGCCGCGGAAAAAUGCCGGACACCGAACGCCUCCCUCCCUAACACGCCAUAAACAAAUAACAGCAUUAAUGGAAACUAUUGCUACCCGACGCUACUUCCUCCUGUGGUGGCGAUUCCUCUUGCUGAUCACAACUUCUCCACCUCUUGUCAUACAGAUAAUGGCCUCUUUGGGAAAAACGCUGCCAGAGGAACAGUUCCAAUGCGCCAUCUGUCGCCGUGUGUUUACCGACCCGGUGACCACUCCUUGUGGACACAACUUCUGCCACGCCUGCAUCCAGGCCGCGUGGGCCGACGGCGAAAUGUGCCGGUGCCCCGCCUGUGACCGGUCCUUCAGCCCGCGGCCGGAGCUGAGCGUCAACGCCGCUUUCAAAGAGCUGGCCGACGCCUUCAGAGCGAUGGCGUCCGGCUCGCCGGCCCCCGCGCUGACCGCGGCCGGGCCCGGCGAGGUGGCCUGCGACGUCUGCGCCGCCGCCGCCGCCGCCGCCGCCUCGGCGCCGGUCAGGGCCCUCAAGUCCUGCCUGGUCUGCCUGACCUCCUACUGCGAAGGCCACCUGGAGCCCCACCGGAGGGUGGCCACCCUGAGGCUGCACAGGCUGAUGGACCCGGUCCAGAACCUGCAGGACAGGAUGUGCGGGAAGCACCAGAGGCUGCUGGAGAUGUUCUGCAGGGACGAGCAGAUGUGCGUGUGCCGGUUCUGCACCGAGACCGAGCACAAAGGCCACCGGACCGUGAGCGUUGAGGAAGAGAGCCAGGAGAGGAAGGUCCAGGUGAAGAAGACGGGAGCAGAUUUACAGCAAAUGACCCAGGAGAGACUGAAAAAAGCGGAGGAGAUUAAAAACUGCCUGAAGCUCAGCACGCUGAAUGCGGGGAAGGAGACGACGGAGAGCGAGCGUCUGUUUGCGGCGCUGAGCCGCUCCGUCGAGGAAAGACGAGACGAGGUCAGCGCCGAGAUCAGGGCCAAGCAGGAGGCUGCACAGAAAAGAGCGGAGGAGCUGGUGGGUGAGCUGCAGCAGGAGGUGGCCGAGAUCCGGAGGCGGAGCGCGGAGCUGGAGGCCCUGGGGGACACUGAAGACCACCUGCACCUUCUCCAGAGCUUGCCUGCUCUUGUGUCACCCCCCGCCACCAGACCAUGGACGGAGAUCAGCAUCUACCCGGAGCUCUGUGUGGGGACGCUGAGGAGGGCGCUGUCCAAACUGGACGUCACCAUAAAGAAUCAGCUGGACAGUUUGAAGACGCAAGAGAUGAGGAGGAUGCAGAAAUACGCAGUUGACGUAGUGAUGGAUCCACACACUGCCCAUCCAAACAUUGUCCUGUCGGCUGAUGGAAAGCAGGCAGGCCGAGGGGAGCUGCUGCAAAUCGUGCCCGAGAACCCCCAACGCUUUGACCCCGUCAUCUGUGUUCUGGCCAAGAAGGGUUACCUGUCGGGAAGGUUCUACUUCCAGGUCGCCGUGGGGCAAAAGACCUACUGGGACCUUGGUGUGGUCAAGGAGACCGUCAACAGGAAAGGUAUGAUCACCUCCACGCCGGAGAACGGCUUCUGGACGGUGCGUUUGAGGAACGGCGAUGAGUAUCGCGCCCUGGACUCCCCCUCUGUCCUCCUCACUCUUCGGGAAAGGCCCCAGACCGUCGGAGUGUUUGCAGAUUAUGAGGAGGGGACGGUGUCCUUUUUCGACGUGGAUGCCGCCUCUCACCUCUACACCUUCACUGACUGUGUGUUUUCCGAGAGGAUCUUCCCCUUUUUCAGUCCAGGGGUCUUUGAUGAGGGGAAAAAUGCGGAGCCACUGAUCAUAAAGGCUGUCGACAACAGCAAUGCCGUCCAGGCGACAAAGAAAAAACACCUCGGAAUCCCGGAGGCGGUAUUUGUGGAGGACGUCGACUCGUUUAUGAAGCAGCCCGGCAACGAGACGGCAGACGCAGCGCUGAGGAGGCUGGACGAGCAGUACCAGAAAUACAAAUACAUGGAUCUCAAUCUGUCUCAGAAGAAAAUGAGGUUGAAAAACCAGAUCCCACAAAUCACACAGACGCUAGAAAUCCUACGACACAUGCAGAAGAAGAAGGACACAACAGAAGCCAUGGAAACGCACUUCCUAUUGGCCGACAACGUUUACUGCAAGGCCUCAGUGCCUCCCACUGACAAAGUGUGCCUAUGGUUAGGGGCGAACGUCAUGCUGGAGUACGACAUCGACGAGGCCCAGGCUCUCCUAGAGAAGAACCUGUCCACGGCGUCUCGCAACCUGGAGACGCUGGAAGACGAUCUGGACUUCCUCAGGGACCAGUUCACCACCACCGAAGUCAACAUGGCACGAGUCUACAACUGGGACGUGAAGAGAAGGAGCAAAGAGAACCUCCUGAAAUCAGUCGAAAAGUCUUAAAAAAAACCCUCAUUUUGUGCUCCCCCCCCUCCCUCCCCGACGCAAGGAAACGUGAACCCCUCCCAAACCCAGAACCCCCUGCGUGUGUGUGCGGUCGCCACCCCCCCCGGGCCGGGGGGGGGGGGGGGGUGUCUGGAGGCGCCGUGGUCAUCCCGUUCCAUCCCUGUCCAGCCGAGCUCGCACCCCCUCCAUCGCCACUGUUUUUCCCUGUUGAUUUGCUACUUUUUAAAGUAUUUUUUCAAGUAAAAACGUAACAAAAAGGCAAGUGAGGCGGUUUUGUGUUCUUUUUAAUGGUUGCAGUAUGUUCUGUUCUUUUUUUUGUUUUGUUUUCUGGUCCUUUUCUCCCUUAAAUCACCCCCCCCCACCCCCCGGACUUUCACCCGCCCGUCUGUCUCAUCCUUUAACAGCGCUCACAAAUGGUCGCUCUUCUGAGUGGAGUCUCUCUGUUCAGCAGGUUGAUGAUUAUCAACAGCAGGUGAAUGAAGAAUAAAAUGGUUUUGCCUCUCGGAUCUUGUUUUCAGUUACUGAAGGACUUCUUGUCUGUUUUUCCUCAAGGAUCGACUUUAGUCUGGUUUCAAAGCCGCCGCCCACCCUCCACCCUUUGGCCUCCCACACGCCACCGUCUCCUCCACCCCCCCACCC